AUGGAAAGUGGCGAGAGCCUUGACGCAAGCGACGCCUGAACUGUGAAAGGAGUUGUCAUAGCAAGCACACUCCCUCAUUCCGGGCUCACGACCACCACUCCCCCUUCUCAUCCCACCCCACCCUCACCCAAACACCACACAUACACACACAAACACACACGGCUCGCACAGCGCAGUAAGAGGACUGCUGGGGUGGACCGAGAAGCUCAAAUGCAGUAGUCUCUCACAUUUUCUAACCGUCAAUGAAAAUUUAUCUUCAUUAAAUUUAGAAUUAAUUGUUAAUCAAUAACGUAUCAACCUCUUUGGACUUAACUAUCUUGUACCAGUAUGUUUUAUUCAACAUGAUAAUGAUUAUCGGAAUAUUUUUUCUUGUCUCGCUGUAGAAAAGUUAUUUCAUACAUAACCACUCUACCUCAAAAGAAACAGUAUCAUAAAGUAAAUUGAAGAAAAUUGGACCUCACUGAAAUUCUGCAUUAUCAAGAUGGCUCUGAACUCAGAUGCCAGUGCACCUAAAACUGCCCAGAAUGUAGGGGAGGAGGAAGAGCAGCAACAGACAGAACAAGGAACCAAUCAGCAACCAAAUGGCGAUGCUGGUCACACCCCAAUCUCCUCUCAGCCAGUGAAGAUUGAGCCGCAAGAUCCAACUUCUGUUUCAGAGUCUGCUCCUGGCCCAGAAACCUCCCCCAAGUCGGAUGAACCACCCAAAGUCCACCUCACAGUCAUCAACGAAAAGAUGGAAACAAUAGGUAAUGGAGUCUGCCCUACCACUACGGAUGUCUCUCCUCCUGCCUCUUCCCGCACCUCCCCACCUCGUCAUGCCAAGCCUGGCCAUGCCCACAUCAAUGGGCAUGCCCGGCUGGGCAGUCGCUCGGAGUCGUUGAGCCAUGCUGGCUCGCCUCGCCCAUCACUCACACGCCAGCCUAGUGCUGCCACCGAAGCGGCAGCAGACGGCUCCAAGCCCAACGAUUAUCUCAUUCUGGCUAUACUCAGCUGCUUCUGCCCCCUCUGGCCCAUAAACAUCGUCGGCCUGACCUUCUCUGUUAUGUCUCGGUACAGUCUGCAACAGGGGAACGUGGAUGGGGCACGCCAUCUGGGCCGCAAUGCUAAGGUCCUGUCAAUCGUCUCCCUUGUGGGUGGAGUUCUCAUCAUUACUGCCGCUAUUGUCAUCAAUUGGGGACCUAUAUUAAAAUCUUGAGGGUUGCCAUGACAAUGAGGGCUGAGGAGGAGUCUCUGAACAACCAACCAAUCCAUGAUGCCCAUCAUCCUCUCAUCCUUCCAGAUAUUUCUGAAGCACCUGGAGCUUUUUUCCGUUCUUUUCUACUCUUUGUCGAGACUCUUAGGCUAAACACUCCAUUUCCACCUAUAGAAACAAAACAAUGUAGACCUCCCCAACACUAUAAAUGCAGGUAUAAUGACUGAAGCCAGCAAAACAGCAGUGCACAUGUUUGUUUUUUUUCUCAACAAAAAGGACUGAUCUUUCUAAAUGAUGUCAGAAAGGAAGCUUUCAGUGUGAUCUUAUUUCCUGUUUCCAGUCAGUUGUGGGUUUGUAUGGGGGAGGAGCUGAAAAGAACAAAUGAAUUUGAAGCAGGUGAUUUGUUUAGAGAACACAUAGAUGACCUGUCCCUCCACUACCAAGUUUAUAUAUUUUCUGAGUAAUUGCAUGAGUUUCACACAUAAAAAAGUCAUAGAGAAAUUAAUUGAACAGCUGAGAUUAAGUCAAAGGCAGAUUGGAGUGAAGGCAGGCAAUGUGGACUGCUGCAAUUACUAACCAAUGAAACAAUAAACAGGUUACUGGAAAGCAGAUUUCUAUAAACAUAUGUCAGCCUGUGUUUUAAAUGAGAAAGUGAGACUAUUACACAUGGUAAAAGUCCCAAAGGAGCCAUUUCUUUGAAAGAAUCGACCGUAGACACUGCUACAAUAUAUCUCUCUCCCCCUGGUUGUCUCUUUUACUGUCUAUGUCUAUCCAUCUGUCCAACUACCUUGCUAUUUACCCCUUCUUUGCUUACCUCUUUGUUUACUAGUCUUUGGCGCAUGAAGAUUCAAACACAGUGCUCAUGUGAGGAGAAAAACAACAAGAGAGAGAUGCAGGUGAUCCUCAUUGGCUGAGAGGCUCACUAAAGCACACUGGAGGCUUGAGUAGUGUGGAGUUGGGUGGUGGGGGCGGGGCACGGGACCAAGCUGUGCUGCAGUCUUUUGUUUCCCACAGAUGGAAAGAUGAGGGAGGAGAGAAGGGAGGGAGGAGGUGGAGAGGGAGGUGGCCAACUGCUGAAUAGAUACUCCAGACAUGGAGAGGUGGAAGGAAUGCAGUGUUGCAAAGAAGGAUGUAAAAAAGGAUAACGUACUGUGUGUACAUGUGUGUAUGUGUAAAAGGGGGAGCUAUGCCUCCUUUCCUCCUUCUGUAUUCUCCAGUGCAGGCCAUAUCUAUGUAAUGGCGAAUUAGUGCUAUCUGUUAGUAUGUAGCCGUUUUUUGCAGUUUGGCCGGACGCUGUAUAGUGUAUACCUUAAUGUUUACAACAAAACUGGAAACCAGUAUUAGCCUGUACAAUCAGACACCAGAUCAGGACCUUUCAGUAUGGAGAAUCAUCACAUUUAUGUGAUGGAGUCAUUUCAUUUCACCCAACAGAGUGAUUCAGUUUUGUUUAGAUAGCUUUGCCAAAACAAAAACUGUGCCAAAUGUUUGAAUGACAGCUUUUGGCUUAGAAGGUGUUUAUGUUUGUAUGCAGUAAGCUGAGACAGGGAAUUAGAGUGUGCGAUGUAGGAGGUAAGCAUUUACUGAUAGUACCGUGGGCUUUAUUCUGAAAUAUCCCAAUCCCCAAGUUUUCACAGAAUCACUUCUUACAUAUAUAUCCUAUUGUGUGUAAGUCAUGUGGGAGGUCUAAAUUUGCAUUCUGGAUGAACAUUUCCCUCUUAGCCUUGAGCAAACCAAUUCCUCAUGGAAACAUUCAAAACUUGUGAAAAUACUCUCUAUAGAAGCAUACAUUCUCUUACAUGGUUGAUGUUUACAGUAUGAUGACUUUGGAAAAGGAGAUGAUGGGUUAUUCAUUGAAAUUGGAUAUACUCAGUUUUGGGGAAGGUGAAACCUCCUUUAGUAGCACUUUGUAAAUAUGUGAAAGUGAAGAAAUCCAUUUGAUAUGACAAAGUUUACAGGAUUGUUAAACACCCUGACCCACAUUGGUGGGUCCAGUGUUAUCUGGGUUAUAUUAGUGACUAGAGAGGCUAUAUGCAUUUUGUGUUUUAAAGCUGCACAAAUGAGGUGUUGUUAAAGGGCAAAAUGACGCUAUAAUAAGCACUUCAAAAUCAAUGUUUCAUCUUAUCCUUUCACAGUCAAUUAACUGGAUCUGAGCCUGGACUUGAAUGAGAUGUCCAGUCAGGUGCACACUAAUUAUGAUGCCCAUUUACUUAUUAGCACAAUUUUUACUAAUCCUUUUCUUAAUAUAACUUAAUAUAACAAAAACCUGAAAUGUGCAAAAUUGACUGUAUGUGGCGGCCACAUAAUUGAAUAUUCAGACGCAGAAGGUUCUGAAGCACAGGUUGAUAGAAGUUACCCUGCUGGGUUCAUCUAAGACCACCUCUGCGCCUUCCAGAUACAAGUGUUAUUAAAACCUUGAGAAAUUAUAUGUUCUUUUAGUUUAAUUUUUCUGCAUUUUGACCACUUCCUUUUCUUUCCCAAAACAUAAGUAACUUGUAGCAUGCUUUAUUAUGAUUAUUAUUUUAGACAUGGUCUGCGGACCAGUGGAAAAAUCUUGGCUUGGUUUCUGUUCUUGAAAUGCUCUAAUUGGUUAAAGAUAUUUACUCUGUCUGCACUGCUAGCUCUCCACCUGUAUAUAGCUAUGUACAUAUGUGUAUGUAUAACUUUGUACUGCUGCCUCUGCGUUACUCUUUGAUGAAUAUUAGUAAUGCAAAUUCUUGACUGUUACCACUGCAUAGCUUUCACAAAUUUCACAAAAAGUAUUGUUUUACAUGUAUUUUUAUGGUUAUGUGUUUUAGAGUUAUGCUUCUGAGUUCAAAAUACACAUAUUCAACACAGCUUUUAAAAUCUACUUUUCGCUGUGAUUGCUUUAUUGGUAUAUUUCUGAGGUCUGAACUUUGACCUCACAUGUUUACACACUUUAUUACUGAAUCCACAUGCUGCUCAGUGACAUUGCUGAAAGAGGAACCGUCUAACAUUUUGGCAACACCAGCAGAGUUCUAAUCUCUGAGGUUCAUUCGGUUCCACAACUUGUCUUAGUAAGUCCAUUUCUUCGUUGCCUUUUUUAGGCACAUCGUAAAAGCACUCUCUCUUUGCCAUUUGCUUCUGCUCCUCUUGUUCAGUGAAUAUGACUUUUCUUCAUUUCAUAAUUUCACCCUUAUGUUGGCUGAGCCACCAGUGGUAGAGGUUGGUGUUUUUUUUCUCUAUGAACUUAAUGUUUGUGGCAUACUGCUAGACCCUGUUGCUCCUAUAAUCCUGACUUUGUGCAGACUUGCCUGUGCAUGCCUUAAUGGACUGCUUUGAGCCAACAAUGUGACGUACAUACUAUGUAAGUCUAAUCGUUUGAUAGAGCUCUCUGUAUUGACCUUCUUUCAGUACUGGACUGAUAUUGAUAAUGAGCUUUGUGAAUAAAUUCUUCCUCAUCAAAGACA